AUCCGAACUACCACCAGUGCCCACUUUCAAAAGAGUCUAGAUGCUCUAAGCUCGAUGUCGGUAGUCCUUCAGUGGCUAGUCAAUAAUUGCACAGGCUCACUUGAGGGCGCGACUGUUUGAUAGCAGUAGAGAUUGCGUGAAAAACUCUAUGGAGAACAGCUGAGUGUGCAGGAGUUUGCGAGGAGCCAGACUUGUCGUGCCGUGAAAAUCUCAAACGUAAUACGAGCGUAUUGAAGAUAUAGACCUUUGGCGAAAAUCGACUUUCCUUUCUUUUGUUCCGUACCGUACUUUACGUACGGUUCGAUGCCAGGUACAACUCAACCUUGUGUUACUCGGCGAGUCCGUGUAUACGUUCAACGCACUGAUCGAACCUGUUGCUCGAAGUCUCGGUACGCGCAAUCCGACGCAUCGAUAUGAUCAGUACCUUUCGUUCGUUCUCGCUGUGCCAAUGUGUCAAGAACGGGCAUGCUCCAUACGAUGAGCCGGAAAGCAAGACAGAACUAAUGUCAAACACAGGUCACCCAAAUUUCCGGCCAACUUGUGAGACCCCGGGGACUAUUUCAAGAACCCUGGUUCCGUUAGUUUCUCGUUUCACGCAUAUUGGUUCCUACAACAAUCACUGGUCGAGGCUAAACGAAAAAAUGAAAUACAUUAACGUUGUUACUGAAUGUCCUAGACACCGCAUGAGCCGUCGGAUUCGAGAAAAUGAAUUGAAUUGACGCCGGUUUGGAUUCGAGUACAGACACAAGACUGCUGGAAUGAUGUGCCCCACUCUGCAAGCCUUCAAAUUCUGUGAAGCCACUUGCGUCACUGCAAUGGAGUUUCACAACGGACCCCCAAUACCGGACUGACAUUUCCUGGGAUUUCCUCCUGCUCAACACAAAAGGCGUCAAGCUGCGUUCCCAUGAAUUUCAUUUUGUCAUGAAUGGAAUUUUGGGGUUCCCCCAACUAGCAGGGCUCCCCAAAUCGAACUCCUUUUCCUCACUCGAACACUCAGAAAUCGUCUGUUCAAGUACUAGUCCUCUUUUUCCAACAUGCUCUUCAACAAAGUCUUCGCCGUCUCCGCACUCAGUACUCUUGCUGCCGCCACAGCCGUCGAGCGUCGCGGGGGUGGUCAGGAUAACACCCAAUGCUCAGGCCUCCGAUGCUGCCAACAGGUUGGGUCCGCGACCGACCCCUCUAUCAUUACCCAGGCUACCAGCCUUGGUGUCCUGUCUGUCUUGGCGGGUCUCCUUGCCAGCGUCGAAGUUGGUCUCAACUGCAGUCCCAUUACCGUCAUUGGUGGUGGCAACGGUGCAUGCUCUGGAGGUACCACCGUUAUUUGCAAUGACAACAGCCACGGCAAUCUCAUCAGCGUCGGAUGCGUCCCUGUUACCAUCUAAACAUUGCUCGGAUGAGAAACGAAGGAUCUUCGAUUGGACACCCCGGUUUGGAUGUAGUAAUCGUCGCCGAAUUGGUCGCAAGUUUGAGUUUUG